AUGGCACCUGCAUCCCAAUUCGAGCUGGCGCAACCGCCCAGCGACGCUAUUUCUGCGCUCGCAUAUGCGCCUAACUCUCCUACAAAGCUCCUGGUCUCCUGCUGGGACAAGAAAAUCUACCUCUAUGACACACACAGCGGAGGCGAAGACGCUCCAGGCACACUUCUUAAGACGAUUGAGUUUCGGGCCCCUGUGCUUGAUGUAUCUUUCGGCGCGACAGACGACGAGGCCUACACGGCUUGUUUAGAUCAUUGUGUCUACCGGGUCGACUUGGAGUCGGGGGAGAAGCAAGUGGUUUCUCAACACACUGCGCCCGCGCGAUGUGUGGUCUACAGCCCGGAGCACUCCCUCCUCGUCUCCGCCUCCUGGGAUCAGACCCUUCAAUUUCACAAUGCAAAGUCCCCCUCCGACCCAAACAUUACGAUUCACCUGCCCGGCAAGCCCCAUGCUCUGGCCGCCAGCCCCUCUAAGGUUGUUGUCGCCAUGACAGCCCGCCUCGUCAACAUCUACGACCUCAGUACUAUUCCUGCUCUCUUUUCCCAAGAGGGUCCCCACGACAUCAAGCCCUGGCAGCAGCGCGAGUCUUCGCUCAAAUUCCUCACCCGCGCCGUCUCUUGCAUGCCAAAUGACGCUGGCUACGCUACGAGCAGCAUCGAGGGCCGCGUCGCCGUCGAGUGGUUCGAGGACUCAGCUGAGUCUCAGGCCCGCAAAUAUGCUUUCAAGUGCCAUCGUCAGGCCGCGCCUGCCGAGGGUGAGGGAGACAUUGUCUACCCAGUCAACGCUAUGGCUUUCCAUCCUGUCUACGGCACCUUUGCCUCGGGUGGCGGCGAUGGCACUGUUGCACUCUGGGAUGCCGAGGCCAAGCGCAGAAUGAAGCAGUAUCAGAAGUUCCCUGACAGCGUCGCCGCGCUGGCUUUCUCCAAGGAUGGCAGAUACCUCGCCAUCGGUGUCUGCCCGGGCUUCGAGACAGGCAUGGAGGACUACAGCGCGGAGGGCAAGGCCAGCGUGUUCAUCCGUGAACUUGGAGAGACGGAGGCCAAGGGCAAGGGCGCGAAAUGA